AUGCCAUCUUUCUUCAAUAGAAGUUCUUCUUCAGGUUUAUCCGAACGAGACAGACUCAAUGCACUUCACGCAUUGUACGAGACUGUCCUCGAGCCUUCCCAUUCCGAUAUUAUUGAUACCCAUUUAUAUAAUAUACAUCUCACACAGAGGAGAACAGUAGUAUUGGACGUUGGUACUGGAACCGGUAUGUCUUCCUUCUUUUCCCCAACCUGA